AUGUCUGACAUUCCCAAGUCCAUUGGCGUCUACAACUUCGGGCCCGAAAUUGGCAAGGGCUCUUUUGCCACGGUCUACAAAGGAGUCAAUACAAAAACUAACCGGUCCGUGGCGAUCAAGAGUGUUGUGCGCUCCAAACUCAAAUCCAAGAAGCUCAUUGAGAAUUUGGAGAUUGAAAUCUCCAUUCUCAAAUCCAUGAAACACCCACAUAUCGUGGGCUUGCUCGACUACACGCAGACCUCGACUCAUUUUCAUCUUGUCAUGGAUUACUGUUCUAUGGGUGAUUUGUCCUACUUCAUUCGCCGGAGAGACCAGCUAAUGAAAACUCACCCUGUCAUCUCUUCAUUGCUCCAAAGAUAUCCUUCCCCUGAAGGUUCCCAUGGUUUGCACCAGACAUUGGUGAUUCAUUUCUUGAAACAACUCAGUUCUGCUUUGGAAUUCUUGCGCAGUAAAAGCUUAGUUCAUAGAGACAUCAAGCCGCAAAAUUUGUUGCUCUGCCCCCCAGUCCAUGUGAAACUGGACUUUGUUGCCGGAGAGUAUGUGGGAUUAUGGGAAUUGCCCAUUUUAAAAAUCGCCGAUUUCGGAUUUGCUCGUUUUUUGCCCUCCACGUCUAUGGCUGAAACCUUGUGUGGAUCGCCCCUCUACAUGGCUCCGGAGAUUCUCAGAUAUGAAAAGUACAAUGCAAAAGCGGACUUAUGGUCUGUUGGUGCUGUGUUCUAUGAGAUGACUGUGGGAAAACCUCCUUUUCGUGCUGCCAAUCAUAUUGAGUUGUUGAAGAAUAUCGAAAAAACUCACGACAAGAUCAAGUUUCCUUCUUCGGCGCAAGUGCCAGAGCCAUUGAAAAGAUUGAUCAGGUCUUUGUUGAAGUACAACCCAACAGAACGAAUGUCCUUUAACGAGUUUUUCAGUGACCCAUUGAUCGUCAAUGAUUUGGAGAGUGUUGACAAGCCGCUUGAUACGUCUGAAAUGGACGAGAACCUAUUUAUCAGUGAGUAUAUUUCCCCGAUCAAGGCUUCUGAUCGUGCCCAGUUGACUCAAGCCGUCGCUCCUUUGACAACUCAGGAGAAGGAGAAAACUACGAAAAUGGAACCUCCUGAAGAGCUGGAACACAAGAGUUCGACCUCACUGUCAUCUAUCCCUAUAGGAAGUCAGAACUCUCGAGACGAGCAAAUUAAGCAAAUCAUUACCAAAAACAGCCCAGAUCCUAAUAUAUCGACACAUUCCAUACAGCCACGAUACAGUGAACAAUAUCCGAUUGCAUCCAGAAAUAAGGAUGAGCUUAUUUUGGGUCGGGACUACGUGGUUGUUGAGAAGAGGGCUGUAGAGGUUAAUGCUAUUGCCGAUGAGUUGGCUCGCGUGGGAAGAGGUACUUUUAGACGUCGCAGCCUGGCAGCGAAUCACGAAAGAGAAGCUCUUAUCCCGCGCAGAAACUCCCAACGCUCCAAUUCAUCUGAGGGUUCUCCUAGACCUGUAUUUGACCGGCGCAUCUCUGUAUCCAUUUCACCUUCCAACGCGUUGGGAAAGGCGAUCUCGUUGGCUUCAAACAGACUAUUCGGAAAUGCGCCAGCUGCUAUAAGUGAGGAAGUAAAUCAGCUUUCCGACUCUAAUAAGGACGAGUCACCAGUCGUUUUCAAGCCGGAAUUCGCUAACAAUUUGUUGCUCAACAAGUUGAAUUUGCCAGUUUCGCAAACUAUAUUGAAUUCCAAUGGACCUAACGAAAGUGAUAUCAGUGAAUCCCCUUCGGAAGAUGACAAAGUCCUCCGUCAACUCGAGUCCAUUGCAACGAAGUCUCAUGCAGUAAAUCUUUUUGCCGAUGUGAAGUUCAGCCAAUUGAUUCCUUCGCCACCUUCUUCAAAUGGCAGUGAUGAUGAUUACUUUCAGCACAACAAUUUGCUCCCUCCCAAAAUAGUUAAAACCAUCAGUGAGGAAGGUGUCGUACUCUAUGUGAAAACGUUAUCUCUUCUUGCAAAAGGAAUGGCGAUCGCCAGUGACUGGUGGUUUGCACACUAUGACAAAAAGGAGUCCACUGGUGAGCAGUAUCUUGUUGAGCCAUUCAACAUCCAAUCAACAAUAAAAAUCAAUGAGCUUGUACAAUGGAUCAGAGAAAAAUUUAAUGAGUGCUUGGAAAAAGCGGAGUUCAUAAAAUUACGUCUUCAAGAAGCCAUAGCUCUGAUCAGCAAAACGGAAGAAGCAUCAGUACAUGAGUCUUCUUCUGCUAUUGAUGAAAAUGACGCUUCUUUAGGCGCUUCUGAUAGAAUUGUGGCCGAGAAAUUGAUCUUCGAUCGUGCUUUGGAAAUUUCCAGAAAUGCUGCUGUCAAUGAACUUGUUAAAGAGGACUUGAAAGGCUGCGAGCUAGCUUACAGUACAGCAAUAUGGAUGUUAGAGGCCCUUUUAGAUGAAGGUGAAAAGGACGAAGGAAGAUUGGAUAAUGAGGAUAGAGCAAUGGUGGAGAAAUUCAUCGUGAGUAUCGGUAACAGGUUGUCCGUACUCAAACGCAAACUUGAUUGCAUUUAA